GUAUUAUAAUUUCAUUUAAGGAGGCGCCUGGGACCACCGGCUAGUGUUGCUACGUGUUCCGAGCGGCCCGCGGCUCUGUGGAGAUGGCCUGCGCCGCUGCGCGGACCCCGGCCGACCAAGACAGGUUUAUUUGUAUCUACCCCGCUUAUUUGAAUAAUAAGAAAACCAUCGCGGAGGGGAGGCGGAUCCCGAUAAGUAAGGCUGUUGAAAAUCCUACAGCUACAGAAAUUCAAGACGUAUGCACAGCAGUCGGACUUAAUGCAUUUAUUGAGAAAAAUAAAAUGUACUCUAGAGAAUGGAAUCGUGAUGUUCAAUACAGAGGCAGGGUCCGAGUCCAGCUCAAGCAGGAGGAUGGCAGCCUCUGCCUGGGACAGUUCCCUUCACGUAAGUCGGUAAUGUUGUAUGCAGCAGAAAUGAUACCUAAGCUAAAAACAAGGACACAGAAAACCGGAGGUGGUGACCCAAAUCUUCAGCAAGGAGAGGGAAGUAAGAAAGGAAAAGGGAAGAAGAAGAAAUGAUCCACGGUGCGCAUCAAGGAUGCAACCCCUCUGCAGGACGCAGUGGAGGCGUUUUUGUCGCUGAGGGCAAAGCUUGUCAUUUGCAUCAAUCACCUAACUACAGACUUCUGUGCCUGCCGUGUUCAUCAUCGGAGCUGACUAUGACAUGAGUCCAUCACAGUACAACACAGUGGAAUUACAUCUAGCUUUUAUGCAGUAUAAAAGAAAAAAAUUGCUUUCAAUGAAGUGUUUGUGGAAAAAAUAUUUUGAAAUGGAUAGUGGGCUAUGCCAGAAGUUAAUGGAUAUCUGUAUCUGUCCUCUGUGUAAGCAUGUAUUUCAGAUAAAUAAGUUUAGUAAGAUUUGAAAUACACAUUUUGUUCGCCUUUUAAGUUAAUUAAAUUUUUUAAACUGCAAAAAAAAAAAAAA